AUGAGUGUAAGAAGCGUGCGGACUCUCCUCAUACGCAGUUCUUCUGUGUUAUUUAGUAUCGCUUAUGAGCAUAGACGAUCAUUCCCUUCUACUUUUCUUCGAAAACAUUUAAUUCGACAUUUAAUUCGCGAUGACCAGGUGUUCGCGAAUCGUCUUAUGCAAACAUUCGCACCUAUAAAAUCCCAAAAAGAUAAAAAAGCUUCACUUGUGAUUUUCGACAAAGAUGGUACUUUGAUUUGUUUUCAUUCUACAUGGGUUCCAUGGGCAAUAAAUGUGGCCAAGAAAAUAAGUGAAUCAACAAAGAUGAACGUUGAACAAGAAAUAUAUUCGUUGUUGGGAUUGCAAGAGAAAGAACAACGAGUACAAUCUGGUCUUCUCGCUGAAGGAACUAUGGGGCAGAUAAGUGAUGCUAUUGCGCGUUUGCUGGUUAAUCACGGAAUUGAAGCUGCUGAAGUUCUUAAACAUGUUAUGGGAGCAAUCUUAGAGGCGAAUGAAUCCAGUGGUCACACUGUCAAAGAAAUUUUUGAUUUACAUUUGUUAUUCCAGCAACUACGAGAUCACAAAAUAAAAAUAGCCAUUUGUACUUCAGAUAGUCGGAAAGGGACACUGAAUGCAUUAAGAUGUUUGCAACUGGAAGAUCAUAUUGAUAUGAUAGUGUGUGGUGAUGAUGCUGGUUCUAUGCCAAAGCCGCAUCCUCAUAAUGCACUUUCCAUAUGUCGUACGUUGGAUGUUGAUCCGCAAGACACACUUAUAGUAGGCGAUACUUUGGCUGAUAUGGGCAUGGGACGUUCUGCUAAUCUUGGUAGUACUGUUGGCGUUCUUUCCGGAGUAUGUGGCAUCAAUGAAUUGCGAUCACAGGCUGAUCAUAUUGUUCGUGAUGUAGGCGAGCUGUUACCCAUUGCGCUGGAUAUGAGAAAAUGA